GGCGUUUCAUCUGAAAAGCCCACGCGCGUGUAGUGCCUCCACUUCCUUCAUGUUUACAUUUAUAAGGAAACGAUUCUCCGUCAUUUAAAGACUUCAAACCUCACGGAAAACAACAACAAGGGCUGAAAAAGGUCGAGCUGCUCGUGCUUCUGGUCUCUAACAAAGAAGGGAUCAUUAUCUCGAGAAGCAGACGGCGCUGGAGGGCAGGUUGUGUCUCGUCGUUUUGUCUGCUGAGGAGUGUGACAGCGUCUUAAAGGGCUCUUGAGACCGAGAUUGGUGCUUUGAAGAGGCGACAAGGAAGUGACUUACGGGGGGGAACACUGUGGACACGGAUGUGGGACUAACAAAGCGGGAUGGGUCUACCUGUGGACAGCCCGGAAAGGAAGGAUGAAGCGCUUAAAUAUGAGCAGCACAGAGAGGGCGAGGGGGGAGAGAGCCAAAGUGAAGCCUGCAUCCGAACCCAGGCGCCCAUCAACCUAAAGAAGAGGAGGAAAGGCAAGAAGAGGUACUUUACUGCUGGAUCUCCUCCAUUUGCACUCCUGCAGUCAUUUCCCACUGCAGAUGACUGUGGAUCAACCUCACUAACUGCAAAUAUGAGAGCGUGCGCCGUGCUGCUCGCAGGUACGGCCUCAGGGAGGCGAUGGAGAGCGAGGACUGGACUCUUUUCUGGACGGACUGCUCGGUGUCUUUAGACCGUGUUAAGGACAUGAAGCGUUACCAGAAAAUAAACCAUUUCCCGGGGAUGAACGAGAUCUGCCGCAAAGACUCGCUGGCGAGAAACAUGAACCGCAUGCUCAAGCUGUUCCCCAAAGACUACAAUAUCUUCCCCAGAACGUGGUGCCUUCCUGCAGAUUACAGCGACUUCCAAGUUUUCACCAGGGCCAAAAAAGGGAAGACUUACAUCUGUAAGCCCGACACCGGCUGCCAAGGCAAAGGCAUCUUCAUCACUAAAUCCAGUAAAGACAUCCAGCCUGGAGAACAUAUGAUCUGCCAGGCUUACAUCACAAAGCCUUUGAUUCUGGACGGAUACAAGUUCGACUUGCGUAUCUACGUGCUGGUGACGUCGUGUGAUCCGUUCAGCAUAUUCAUGUUCAAGGAGGGACUGGCUCGCUUCUGCACCACCAAAUACACCGAACCGACACACGGGAAUGUGGAUGACGUGUGCAUGCAUCUCACCAACUACUCCAUCAACAAGAACAGUGAGAACUUCAUCCGAGAUGAAGACACAGGCAGCAAACGGAAGCUGUCGACCCUGAACAAACUCUUUGAGACCAACAGCUGCAACACGGACAAGCUGUGGAACGACAUCGAGGACGUGAUCAUAAAGACUCUGAUCUCGGCUCACCCCAUCCUCAAACACAACUACCACACCUGCUUCCCCAACCACACCACCGGCAGCGCCUGCUUCGAGAUCCUGGGCUUCGACGUGCUGCUGGAUCACCGGCUCAGACCCUGGGUGCUUGAGGUGAAUCACUCCCCAAGUUUCACCACCGACUCACAGCUGGACCGCGAAGUCAAAGACGCUCUCCUCUACGACACUCUGGUCCUCAUCAACCUGGGAGCCUGCGACCGCCGCAAGAUCACCAAGGAGGAGAGACGCAGGGUGAAGGACAGGCUGCAGCAGAACAGCACCAGAGAGGCCAGGACGGAGGAGCUGCGUCAGUGCCAGGCCGCCACGGUGGAGCAGAUGGAGAGGUACGAGGCCAAACACCUGGGCGGCUUCAGGAGGAUCUACCCCAGAGAGGGAGCAGAGAAAUACGACAAGUACUUCAAACACAGCAGCUCGCUCUUCCAGGAGACGGCAGCGUCCAAGGCCAGAGAGGAGUGUGCCAGGCAACAGCUGCAGGAGCUGCGUCUGAAGCAGGAGCAGAAGGAGAGAGACAUGAAGGGAGGCCGGAGAAAAGACCUGCAGGGGGAGACGGCGGGGGAGAGAGUCCUACCACAACGACCAGAGACGAAAACACAACCCCCCCUCCCGAUCUCUGAGCCGUCCUCGCCGCCUCUGUCCGCCUCGCCAGUGGAACCUGAAGCUGCAGAAGUCCAGGAGGAGAAGCUGGAGGAAGUAGAGGUAGAGGAGGAAGAGGAGGAGGAGGAGGAGGAAGAGGAAGAGGAAGAGACAGACGAGGAGGAGCAGGAGCAGGAGCGGGUGGACGCGCUGCUCAGGAGGAAGAAGCUGUUGCAGGAUCUGGGAAUCGUGGACCAGGUCCACCAGCUGCUAAAGGGCCGGAGAGAUGGAGGCGGAGGAGGGGGAGUCCUGCAGAACAACAGGGACGCCUGCAGACUCCAGCAGAGCAAACCGGCUCAACAGAGACCGCAGCAGACUAAGUUAUACUCAUUGACUCGGUUUACUCAGAGGAUAAAGCCACAGCAGCCCUGCGCUCAGAUCUCAAGAAAGCACCUCCACUCCCACAUGACUCAGCUGAGUGUUUGGCCCUCCGUGGACCAGAGGAUCCUGAACGAGCCCGAGCCCGAGAGCCACCACAGACCCCCGGAGAUACACCGGACCUGCAGCGCCCAGAGGAUACAGUGGCCAGCCGGCAGCUCUCUGGCCGUGCGGCAGGACAGCAGGAGCAGCUCCCAUGCCAAUGCCUUCUCCCGUCCCGGCGCCCCGCUCGUAAACCACGUCCCUAAAGGAGGCCUUCGCUGCAGCGCCCUCACGUCCCACGACCCCGCCGCCCUGCAGGACCUAGCAGUCAUCUCCAGCCGCGCCCCCAUGGUCCGAAGGCCUGGCUUCUCUCACAUCCUACGAACCUCCUCCCGCAGAAACCCCCAGCUCUGGAAAGGCCAGUGAGGAGUAGCAGGAGGAGCAGGAGGAGCAGGAGGAGGUCUGGAUUUAAGCUGCUGCUAGACCUCCAGGGUGUGUGAGGAGACGUGGAGGUAGAGAGGCCUUAAAACUGUGAAAACACACAAACACACGUGCCUGUGAUGAAUGUUUGUACAUUAAUUUUAUAUCUGAUUCCUGCAGUUUACGCUGCCUGCCACCAUAAAACCUCCAGCUGACAAAGAAACACAUCACGGCUUUUUAAAUGUUUCAUUCGCUGUGUGUCGCUCACAUGUGAGAUAUCAUCACACACACACCUCAACUAACAACAGAGUGCCAAAAUAACUGCAGAACACACAUAAACACCAGGAGAACUCCUCUUCUAACACACAUCACCUCUAAUAAAGUCACAGAUUAUCACACAG